AUGGAAGAAAUGCAUCCCUUCCAUACAACAACCACAACAACCACAACCAAUCAACAACAACAAGAAGAGACAUUGUCAUCCUCCCCAACAAAUUCAUUGACAACAGUUGUUGCUGUCAUACAACAUCAUCAAGGCUUCUUCUUUGAUGCUGCAUCACCAUCGCCACCGCCAUCCCAUUCUUCAUCCUUUCAAGAAGAAGAAAUACAACAAGACAAGUCUCUUCCUCAUUCCACCACCAUUCUCUUUAACAACACUACCAACAACACUACCAACAACAAGAAUAGAAUCGUGAUGACUGCCUCCAAUCCUAAUGGUUUGACGACGACGAAUUUCAUGUUCGACAAGGAUGACGACCAUGAACAAGAUCAUCUUGAUCCUGUCGUUGUCGUCAUGGUUGAGAAUACAACAACAACAACAACACUACCAACAACCAGAACAAACACCACCACCAUGAUGGCUCAUCAUUCAUUACGACCUGAAUCAUCCUUAUCAUCAUCCUCACUAUCACUCUCAUACAACAACAACAACAAGAAUACAAAGAAUGGUGUUGUUGUUGUUGCUGAGAAUUCUUGUCACAAUGCUCUCAUCCCUCAUCAAGAAGAUCAAGAGGAGGAGGAGGAGGAGGAGGACCAAUGCUUGCAAUCCGAUGUGUCCAUUCAAGAAGAAGAUGAAUAUUCACCCUCAUGUUCUUCUUCUUGUUCGGCAGCCACCAUUUCCUCCACACGACAACAUUUCAUGCAACUGUCAUGCUGCAGUUAUUCUUCUUCUUCUUCUCAACAACAACAACAACAACGAAACCAAACACCACCACCACCACCACCACCACAAUUACAUCAUCCAUCGAGUAGUAGUAUUGUCAUGAUGAGUGAUGAGGAUGAACAUGUUCCUUCUUCAACUGAGGUUCAGUCCAACAACUGUCACAACAACAUGUUAAUCACGUUCGCUCCUACCACCACACAUCAACCCUCAUCGUCAUCCUUUAGAAGUAAUAGUAGUUUUGUACGAUCACAACAAGAAGAAGAAGAACAAUUUUCAUCAUCUUUAUACUCUCCACCACCACCACCACAACAAAAUAGCAUGCAAUUACAACCUUCGAGAGUGGUAAUGAUGAACAUGAUGGAGAGUUCAAAAAGUAGUGUCAUGACAAGUCCCAUGGAGAGGACUACUCCAACAACAACAACAACCUCUCGAUUGGAUGAACACAGUGACACUCCCAUUCAAAUACAACCAAGAUCAUCCUCCUCCUCUCAUUAUUCUCACUACUAUACGACGACUAAUAUUACCAACAACAAUAACAACUCUUCGAAUAGUGUGACAAAUGUUCUUUCUGAAAUGGUGUCCACAAGAAACACAACUACCCAUCCAACCACCAUGCUUGGUACUCCCACUACUACUACUACUACUACUAUUGGUAACACUACUCCUAUCAACACUCCUAUCAACACUCCCACUACUACUCCGAGUAACACCUUAACAAGUAGUAGUAGUAGCAAUUCCUCUUCAGGUCUUUCUCGAGUCAUUGUGACAACCACUGCAGGUCGAUACGAAGGAGAAGUCAAUCAAAAAGGUGAACGACAUGGUAAAGGAAUUAUGUAUUUUGCUGGAGGAGGAUAUUACAAAGGAUCAUGGUUUGAAGACAAAAUGGAAGGAAAAGGUGAAUAUUCAUGGGGUGAUGGCAAUCACUAUGUGGGAAUGUUCAAAAAUGGUAAACAAAAUGGAGUGGGUGUCUAUGAAUGGCCCACGGGUGGUAAAUACAUUGGUCAUUGGCGUGACGAUAAAAUGCAUGGUUUUGGAACUUAUAAGAGAGAUGAUGGUGUUGUUUAUUUUGGAAUGUGGGAAGAUGAUCAUCAAAGUGGAAUGGGUCUCAAAGUAGUACCUGCAAGAUUUUGUUAUGGUGAAAAUAAGAAGAGUUAUACGAAACGUAAAUUUAGAGAAAUUUGGAAAGAUAAGGUAUUGAUUUAUCAAAAAGAAAUUAUUGAAAUGCCAUCUCUAUGGAAUGUACAGCAGAGAAAAUGUCUCAUUGAUAUUCACAUUGUGUGUCAGAGGAGAGGAUUGUGUGACGAAGAAGAAGAUCAUUACACACAGUUUAGUAGUAGUUUAAUUACAACCACCACGAAUAGUACUACCAUGAAUAGUACUACUACUUUGAAUUCAAGGUAUCAUCAUCCUUGGAGUAAUACAUCCUUGUUGAACCAAAAUGGCAUUUCCUCUUUCCAGAAUGGUACAAUCCUCCUCCCAUCAUUGUCUUCUUCAAUGAGAGUCUCAUCCUCCUCUUUCAUGAUUCCACAACAACAACAACAACCAUUUAACCCAAUCAUGAUUCAGUCUUCUCCUUCAUCAACAGCAGCAAGUUCACUGAAUCAAUUCUCUUCUUCGAUUCCCCUUCCACAAACAUUUAAUUUUUCUGGAAAAAGAAAACAUCUUUUGGAGGAACGAAUGGACACUCGAAGCGAUGACGAAGAACAGGACGAAGAGACUCAACAUGUUGAUGAUGAAGAUCGCAUGAUCAAUAGUCCAAAACUAGUCAAAUAUAAUCAUCAUACAACUCUUGAUGCCACCACAAGUAAUCAUAGAUAG